ACGUGAUGCCCGGUAAGGCCUGUCGGUUUUUGUGUUGCGAAUAUUUUUGUGGCGACGAUCGUCAUAUUGAAAAGAUAUAUUUAAUUGGGUCAAUGAGUAGAGAUAUUUUCAAGUGGAUUAGCAGUUUAAGAAUAUGUAUUGUUACUUGGAGAUGAAAACUGUUCAGCUGCCGAAAAUCGGAGUAAGCUAACAGUCUCUUCAAGCUGUGCGAUAUUAGCCAACUCAGAAAUAAGGUACUAAUUCUGUAAGAACUGCAGGAUGAGAAGAAACAGAACCAAAGGGAUAGUGACCUGGCUUUUUCUUACUGUGGUGGCAACAUAUUCUUUGUGCUUGUUAAUGUGCCAGUAUUACAAGUAUAUCAAAAAGGAUCCAACAACAUGGUCAGAAUGUCAGGAGAUCAUUAAAGAAAGUUUUCUCUCAUCACUCCUACAAGACAGGAUAUGUAGCAAUGAAAAACCCAGCGAUGAGGACGUGUUUUCAAAAUACAAAGGAAAGGAUUGUGAUUUAGUGAGAAGGGAACUUUUUCCACACCCUACCCCCACACAAGAAGAGAGGAACUUCCCCAUUGCUUAUGCAGUGGUUUUAUUCAAAUCUGCAAACUUGGCAGAGAAAGUUUUACAAUCUGUAUAUAUGCCUCACAAUACCUAUUGUAUCCACGUGGAUGUAAAAUCGUCAGAUACUUUUCGCAAUGCAAUGAAGGCUAUGACUGAUUGCUUAGAUAAUGUCUUCUUUACCAGUAAACGAGUUGAUCUCGUAUGGGCCCAUGUUAGUACACUUUACGCUCAGCGCAACUGUUUAAGAGAGCUAAUGGAGAGCCCAGUUAAGUGGAAAUAUUUUAUGCACAUUUCAGGGCAGGAAUUACCCCUUUAUACAAAUGCUGAAAUUGUUCAUGCAUUGGCAAUGCUGAAUGGGUUUAACAACAUCGAAAGCUUUGCUAUUCCGCCAAACAACUGGGGCCGAAUGCAGUAUUCUCAUGAGUUAAUGAAAGUGAAAGGCCGAGAAUUUCAUAGAAGCUACAUAAUGAUAAGAACAGAGGUGACCAAACAGCCACCACCUUGGAGUAUUAACCUUCAAAAAGGCUCCAACUUUGUCGCCAUUACAAGAGAAGCAGCUAACUACAUUCUACACAACCAGGUGGCGAUAGACUUUUUAGACUGGCUAAAUGACACUGCUAAACCUGAUGAGACAUUCUAUUCAUCUCUCCAACAACAUCCGGGAUUCCCAGGUGGUAUCCAUGGUGAUCAGCCUGAGUGGAUUCUGCGUGCAGUGAGUUGGCAGAUGGAGAACACGUGUUAUGGCAGGUGGAUCCGGGGUGUGUGUUGGGUCACAAUGCGUGAUCUAAUCUGGAUUCUGGGUUCAACUAUGCGGCAGAAGCUUUUCGUAACAAAGAUUCCGUUUGAGUAUCGAGAUGAUCUCCUCAAGUGUUUGUCCAUAGCGAGAAGGACAAGGAAAUAUGGCCAGGAUGUAUUCCGUGUUUCUGGAGUGUUAUAAGGACACCAUGAGGAUAAAUGCUAAAGCUAAACUUCCACGUGGACCACAGGCUCACUUAGCUGGAGUUUAUUCUGGAUUCCUUGGCAUGAAGCCAACAGGAGCAUUGCUACUCCUGGAUGGGAUGCUAGUCCAUCAUAGGUUUUUAAGCUAAAACCAUUUACAAGUCUGGUUUUACUGACAGCAUAUGCUUACUAGUACACAUUUACACUUCUGGGUGGAGAACAACAUUGGAUGUUUUCCAUUAUGUUAGACCGACUGGUUAGAGACCAGUGGGAUUGAGGUGGGGUACACCCAAAAUACGGACAUUUUUGCAAAAAUUCUCACUCCCAGGAUUUAAUUUCAAACCUUGGAAAACUGUAUAUCCCUGUAAAGCUUAUGGAUCAAAGGUUCUGAAAAAAAGUGUUUUAGGUCUCAAAUCUUAAUGAAACAUUAGUCUUUUCAGGUGCAAAUGACAUUAAUCUCUUUUUAAUGAUAUUCAACUGAAAGGAAUGGCUUUAACCAUUUUCCAUUCAUUUUCCCAAUCCCCCACAUUGUGAGAAUCUACUAGAGAGAAGUAGGACAACAAACCGAUUUGUUAAAACAUAAUGGAAGAUUUAGGUUUGACAAGUCAGACCAAUAAAAGUGGAGCACCACUGGAGGUGGUCCACUUUAAUGAACUGUACCAGACCAAAACAGACCUUUCCAUUUGGCUUUCCAUUUGACUUUCAACCGGCAUAAUGGAAUUAAGCACCCAAUUGGGUCUGUGAGAGUUAAGUGUCAUGCCCUGAGAGACGAUACUGGAACCUGUUACCUGUUAAAACUUAAUUUGCUGUCAGAACAACACUUUCAAACCUUGUCCUAAAAUCUACUUUGUACAUUUAUUUAUUUAUUUAUUUAUUAUUUAUUUGUUUUAUUUAUUUUAUUUAGCUCUGCUCUCCUUGAUUUGUUCAGGAGUAACUUAAUGUAACUGUAGGCUAACUCGAAAACUUCCCAGUUAUUUAACCUCCAGGCUCAAUAUUUGUACUUUUUUUUAGUUUGUGUGUGUGUUAGUUAUAUAUAUUUAUAAUAUAAAUA